CCGCAAGUCAACGUCAGUCACUGUGGCCCAGUCGUCUCUAUUUCGCCGCAGUGCAUGAUCGUUCUCGACGACGUUGGACCACAUUGACGCAAGACACUGUGUUACUAAGAAAUGGCAGCAGAGGAUGCGUCCAAUAAUUUUGUUAGAGAUCCCGAAGUGCGCUUGUCACAGUUUCUGUACGUUGGGAAGGAAUAUGCCGACUACCACCCUGGAAAUUGGUUUGUCCACGAUUAUUUCCGGGCCGUUAAUAUUAUGUCCAUAUUAGAACUGGCUGAGAAUCCGAAGAAGCAACUGAUACCCAUUGAAUUAAUCACAAAGGCAUUCGACAGCGGCCUUGUCCCUUGCCCAGAGACCUUGGUGUUUGCUCUCGCCGUUUGCUGCAGGCAAAUUCAAAGUGAGAAAUUACGUCAUGAAGCGUACAAAAGCGUAGGAAAGAUCUGUGCAUCGCAGCAGCACUUCAUGCUGUUCGUUAAGUUCGCCUCCAAACUGAGCAAACAGAAGGAGUUGGCUGCGGACGAUAGCGCUAAAAGCGGAUGGGGUACCGGUCUCAGAAAGGCCGUUAAUCAAUGGUACCUGUCCAAAGAGCCACUGGACUUGGCAAAAUGUGUCACCAGAUGCAGGAGUAGAUACGGUUGGAAACACAAAGACAUCAUUAAGUUGUCUCAUCCCGUAGCUAAUAAUCCAGAAAUGGGAAUAGUACUGCAAUAUAUAAUACACGGUAUGCAACAUACCAGAGCGUCAUUGGAGAAGGAAGCCGAUAAUCCGAAAAUUAACGAGAUCAUGGAAUACAUACAAAAUGUCGAAGAUUUCAAACACUGCGAAGAUGAGAUCCGUGCUGCUGCCUUGCUAGAAACACACGACUUAUCACUGGAUCAUGUACCCGGACACUUGUUAACAUCCAAGGAGGUUUGGAAGGCAUUGAUAUCAUCGAUGGAUAUCGUCACGCUUCUGAACAACUUGCAAAGAAUUCACAAUCUCGAAAUACUCAAACCAGACGCACCGACGGUUGCGAUAAUCACGGAAAAGCUGGUCAACGAGGAGCGCUUAGCGCGCGAUAAAGUUCAUCCGGCGUUAAUUUUGAUCACCAUCAGAAAUUACGAGAAUUCUGGCAAACCUCUAAGCUACGAGAAACGGAAGGUGAAGGAACAAGCGAAGAAACCUCCUCCGCCGCCGCCUAAGCCGAAUUCCAGAAUAAUCGACGCUCUGUACAAGGCGUUGAAUCUCUCAUUUUUUCACCUGCAACCCACCGGUUUGCGUUACAUGGUGACGAUCGACAUGAACAAGGUGAUGUUGGACUCGCGUGCUUGGCGCAACGCCAACAUGACCGGCGCCGAGGCUGGCUGUAUGAUCGCGCUGUCGCUCAUUCGAUGCGAGAAGAACGUCACCGUGGCGACAUUCAAGAACGUCGGGGUGCACACGGUAAACAUCGACAAGACGGCGUCCUUCGGCCAGACCAUGCGGAGAUUGUCGCAGAUGCCCGUUGGAAAUGUCAACCUGGCUAAACCGAUGUCGUGGGCCGCGCAUCAGAACAACAAGUACGACGUCUUCAUCAACAUCGUAGACCAAGUGCACGCCAAGACGGACACGUCCGAGGAAGCUUUGGUGGCGUACAGGACGAAACUGAAACUACCGCACACAAAGCUGAUCAAUUGCGCCGUAUGCUCUUCCUCGACGUAUUACAAAGCGAACCCCGACAAAAAUAUCCUGACGAUCAACGGUUUCGACGCUACCGUACCUACUGUCAUUCGGGCGUUCGCUAAGUCUCUAUUCUAAACACGGGAGACUCCGCUGGACAUCCUUCCCCGGGAAGGACCGAAACGAUUUGAACGGGAAGGAAAUUAAUCUUGUUGAAACGAAUUUUCACGUGGCAAGUGAAGAGACACACACACACACACACACACACGCACGCACACACACGCACGCACGGCCAGUUCAGGAAGCCGACAAUGGGAUUACGGAUUUUCCCACGAAAAAAAUCUAUUCAAUGGAGUCAAAUUACGACGGACGAGUACAGUC